AUGCGGCGGCGCCGUCCCCUCAUCUGCGCCGCGGCCCUGAUCAUCUGCUGGGCUGCCGCCGUCAGCGCCGAGCCGCCCGGCCGUCGACGCCAUUUUGACGUCAACGCCAACAACCAGUCGGAUGAAGAGCCCCUCCUCGGCCACCUCAACGAUACGGCCUCACCCUCCAGAAGAAGUCGACAAUUCUCGAAUGCCGAGAAUUCCGCCCCUAGCCCUGAUGACGGCGCGGAUCAGAUCCGCCGUCCGCUCUCGCGCUCCAAUUCCGAGCCCGACCUCUAUCGCAUAUUCGAGGAGGAGACGGCGCAAACAUAUGCCCCACCCCCAUUCCCUAUUAAUAUUCUCGUGAUACUGCCCAUGUUCAAGAGCAAGAACAACGAGAUGGGGCUCACCAUCGGCAAUUGUAAGCCGGUCAUCGAUAUUGCAGUCCAGGACGUCGUCCGAAUGGGCCUUCUCCCGCAGGGUUGGGCCAACCUGACCUACUGGGACGAUCAGCUGUGGGCCGACGACACCUCUGUACAGGCCGAAAAGGUCUCGGCCCUCGGCAUGAUCCGUGCCUACACCGAGAAUCGACUCGACGCGAUCCUCGGCUUUGCCGACGACUACGCCCUCGCCAAUAUCGCGAAAAUCUCCCCAAUCCUCUCCGAGGGCAUCCCCGUCAUUACCACUAUCGGAAUGCCCACCCUAUUGGCCCUCAAGAAAAACUAUAAUUACCUGACGAGAAUGUCCGGCUCCUACCUGCUCCUCGGCUCGUCGAUGUACCACUUUUUCGGGAAGCGCGCCCGGGACGAGCCGAAACGCCCGGACACGCUGGAGAUGAGCUUCCGCAAGAUGCUGUUCUUCUACCACGACAAGAAGCGUGGCGUCAACGUGCCCCCGAAAGAGGGUGGCCUUGUCGAGGAUGAGGUGCCGAGUUCGCAGUGCUAUUUCGGCAUGGCCUCCAUCCGAAAGAUGUUCAUGUUCAACUCCCCGGACUACGCGGAGGACUGGAAGAUUUACACGCCGAAUUUCCCGUUUGACGAGGACAUUUUGGAGAACCCCAGGGAGCAGCUGAAAGAGUGGCUGAAGAAGGAGAGCUUCAACUGCCAACUUUCCAAGUCGUUGAUCAUCUCCAAUAUGCUCGAAAUUAAGGCCACGACAUUUUUGCAACAUUUCCCUCUGCUGCCCGAACUGCUCGACCCCGUGGCCUUU